AUGGCGACGGCUGCGGACGAGCUUUUGAACGACUUCGAGGACUCCGGCGAUGAGAAUGAGCAAGAGCAAGUGGAUGAUCAGUAUUUUGGAGAAUCUGGCGGACUCUCGAAAGAUAGCAAUGGCUCUACGAGCGCGGUAGGCCAAGAUGGCGGCAUGGAGAUGGACGGCGACGAAGAAGAUGUGGACAGUGCUGCCCUCGCCGAUGUGUCCAGCCAUAUGAAGAUGGAAGAAGAAGAGACUGCUGAGGAGACGAAGGCACGAGUCGAGAGGAUGGAGCUGCAAAACGUGAGCGAUGUGCGAACCGUAGCAGGCCUGAUGAAGCAGUUGGAUCCCUUGUUACAGGUAAGCAAGCCCUUUCCCUCAGCAUGUAACGGAGUCGCCAACGUUAAACGUACUCGAUCAUAGCCCUAACCGACGUUGCAAUUUACAGAAAAUCGAAUACUACAAGAGCCUACCGCCUGGCCAAGAGACUCAAAACAUCGGCAACAUCGAAGACAAUCCCGAGUACCAGCUUCUGACCCAGUCCAAUACUCUGUCCACUGGAAUCGACGGCGAGAUCAUACUCGUACAUAAGUUCAUUCGCGACCACUAUUCAGUGCGCUUCCCGGAACUAGAGACUCUCAUUCAGAAUCCGCUGGAUUAUGCAAAGAGUGUGGCAAUCAUUGGAAAUGGGCCCAUGGAGGAAAUUCGCAAAAUCAGUGAGAGCAGUGACAACAUCGUCGGCCAGUCGCUCAAGCAAGUGCUUGAUGGUCCAUCCCUCAUGGUUGUCACUGUGGAGGCCACGAACACAAGCGGUACUCCUUUAUCGGAGAGCGAGCUUGCUACUGUCAGACGGGCUUGCCAGAUGAUACUGAAGCUGGACAAGGCCAAGAAAACUUUGACGGACUACGUGCAAUCGCGCAUGUCCAUGUUUGCCCCAAACUUGACCUGUUUGAUUGGUUCGUCUACGGCCGCGCAGCUCAUCAAUUACACAGGAGGAAUAUCCGGACUCGCAAAGACGCCCGCCUGCAACCUCCCCCCGCUUGGUAACAAGAGAAGUGCCAGGGCCACUGGGCUUGCUACUAAUGUGGGCGUCCGCAAUCAGGGCGUUCUAUACCAAAACGACAUCAUCCGCGCUGUACCCGCAGACUUGAAAGUCCAGGCUAUGCGCAUUCUGUCGGCCAAGGUUGUUCUUGCUGCGCGCAUAGACGCGUCUCACGAUUCACCGACCGGCGAGCAAGGCCUAGAACUGGCGGAGCAAGUGGAGAAACGCAUCAACAAGCUAUCAGAGGCACCGCCCAACAGUGGUGUCAAAGCCCUGCCAGCUCCAGACGACAAGCCAUCUCGAAAACGAGGAGGUCGCCGAGUAAGGAAGAUGAAGGAGGCGACGGCUAUGACCGAGCUUCGGAAGGCUCAGAACCGUAUGGCAUUUGGUAAGGAAGAAGCUGAAGUUGGCUAUGGCGAGAACUCAAAAGGCCUUGGUAUGAUUGGAGCACAAGAUGAUGGUCGCAUUCGUGCUACACAGGUCGACAACCGGACGAAGGCUAAACUGUCGAAGAAGAACCCUGGGUGGGGCGGUGCGACUCCUGCUAGCAGUGGGACAGCAACUUCUUUGCGCGGCUUUGGCGGCGGUCCAAGCACUGCUGGUGCGCUUAAAGCACAAGGACUCCGUGCGAGUGGUGUCGGACCCAGCGGCCUCAAGACGCAAGUUGGUAACACUGGAGGCACAGUGUCUACUAUUGCAUUCACUCCUGUACAGGGCUUGGAACUCGUCGAUCCGAAGGUACGGGAAGAAAUGAACCGGAAACGCAAGGCUGAAGAAGAUCGCUGGUUCAAGGGAGGAACUUUCACACAGGUUAGCAGUGCUGGAGCAAACCCAGCGCCUAAAGUCGACUCGGCGGGAUUCAAAGUUCCGGCGUUACCCACAAAGAGACAAAAGCAGGACGGAUGA